UACGUUCUUUGCUUUACACUUCUAAGACUACUCUUAUGGAGACAAAGCUAUUAGUUUUUUCUCCUAAACUUCUCAUUCUCCUUCUCUUCUCUUUUGCUGCUUUUCCUUCUCCUUCUUCUUCCAGACUUGCCUUCAACUUCUAUGGAGCUUCAUGUCCAUCUGCUGAGUUUAUAGUGAAAAACACAGUCAGAUCAGCUUCCUCCUUUGACCCAACCAUUCCUGGAAAGCUCCUUCGCCUGCUCUUUCACGACUGCAUGGUAGAGGGUUGUGAUGCAUCUGUGCUGUUACAAGGAAAUGAUACAGAGAGAAGUGAUCCAGCAAAUGCCUCUCUUGGAGGAUUUUCAGUUAUAAAUUCAGCAAAAAGAGUACUUGAAAUCUUCUGUCCAGGAACUGUUUCUUGUGCUGACAUUCUUGCUUUGGCAGCUAGGGAUGCCGUCGAAAUUGUUGGCGGACCGAUGCUUCAGAUUCCAACGGGAAGGAGGGAUGGAAGGGCUUCUGUGGCUUCAGUUGUUAGAUUCAACAUUAUAGACACAAGUUUUAGUAUGGAUGAGAUGAUGAAGCUCUUCUCUUCUAAAGGGUUGUCCUUAGAUGACCUUGUCAUCCUAUCAGGAGCCCACACCAUAGGAUCAGCUCAUUGCAGUGCAUUCAGUGAUAGGUUCCAAGCAGACUCAAAGGGGACACUGACCCGCAUUGACACAUCCUUAGACAAAGCUUAUGCAAAUGAGCUGAGGAAGAAGUGCCCAUCAAGUGUAAGCUCAUCUGUAACAGUUAACAAUGAUCCAGAAACAUCCUUCUUGUUUGACAAUCAGUACUAUCGAAAUCUCAUGGCCCACAAAGGUCUCUUCCAAUCAGAUUCCGUCCUCUUUAGUGAUAAAAGAACUAAGAAAAUGGUAGAGGAUCUUGCAAAUGACCAGAAUAGUUUCUUUGAGAGAUGGGGCCAGUCUUUCUUGAAGCUUACCAUCAUCGGAGUGAAGAGUGGUGAUGAAGGGGAAAUCCGGCAAUCAUGUGAAGUGGCUAAUGGAUGAAGGAUGAGAAAACAAGACGUUGUUUGGUUAGCACUUUGGGAAGUAUUUUUCUUAUAGUGUUCAUCUAAUUAACCAGUUAUAAGGAUCGUAUUGUGACCUUUUCUAUUUUUUUUUUUUUAUUUUUUGAAUCUGGGAUGAACAGAAUCUAUAAGUUUUGAUAUAUAUAGUGACUUUCUCUAUUUGCAGUGAGAAAUUUCAUGGGAAACAAUGUGCAAUCCUUUAACUAUACGGAAAUGAUAAUUGUACUGAAUUGUUUA